CAACUUCCGCGCGUCAUCCAUGUCUGAAGAACACUGACAGAUUGGCAAAUUACACCAUGUGUUCUGAGGGCAUUUCUAUUGGCUGAUCGGUUCCUCGUUGCCUCGUCCAUGUAUAUGGAAAUACGCUGGAUUGGCUAGCUCCGACCGCCCUCUGCGCGUUCACAGUUUCCGAUUCACGAAAGCAGGAUUUGACGUAACCCCAUCUGUGCUGCCAUUCAACAGCAUUACACCGUUGCGUACCAAACGCAGCUUGCGUUAAUCGGUCGGAGUCACAAAGAGAACGAGCACAGACCGUCGGAGAAGGCAUAAAAAAGGAAAUUUCUCAAUUGCCGUGGGAAUUCUGAUCAUCUUUUUCUUUUGGAACAAAGCGUAGGUGCCGUUGCUAUCUCAACCCUUGUGUAUAUUGGAUUUCCUCUUUUGCAUGGAGUUAAGUGGGUCGGAGAGGCCGAAGAUAUCAGUCUUGAAAUUGGGCAAUUGGAAAAUUCUUAUUCGUAUCGUUGGUUAGAGCAAGGAAGCCGCCAUGGCUGGUUCUAUUGGAUCGUCGAGCCUCCACCUCGGUAUAUGAAAAACAUUGUGAUGAAAAACUCUUCAAUCUCUCCGUAGCUUAAGUGUAUAUUUCACACCGACUGUUUUCUUUGUGUAAACCUCUGUUCCAGUCAGAAAGAGACGAGGAUAGGUGGGUUUUGUUCAAGGGAAACUGGGAAAAGGCCAAUUUCAUGACCACCUGGAUUGACGAAAUUUAUUUGAGGCUUCAUCGCUGGAAAUAUUAGAAACAGAUUUAGAAAAACGAACAAGAGAAAAUGAUCUGAAAGCGAGACAGACGUUUGAGAGCUCACUGAAGAAAACGACCAAAGGACCCCGGACAGCCGAGUUGAAUUCACACAUUUUCCUCUUUAUUUCUGUCGGAGCUAAUCGGGUUGCUGUGGGUCGAAGCGGAUUCGUUCACAAGACAAAUAAACCUAUUUAACUUUGAGAGACGCGUGGGAUAUUGGAUUGAAAAAUGUCCGGUCGGCCUAGAACCACCUCCUUCGCAGAAAGCUGCAAACCAGUGCCGCAGCCGUCGGCGUUUGGCAGCAUGAAAGUCAGCAGAGAUAAAGAUGGCAGUAAGGUGACCACAGUAGUGGCAACCCCUGGACAAGGACCUGACCGGCCACAGGAGGUCAGCUACACUGACACAAAGGUCAUCGGUAAUGGCUCUUUUGGAGUGGUGUAUCAGGCCAAGCUCUGUGACUCAGGAGAACUGGUGGCCAUUAAAAAAGUCCUUCAGGACAAGCGUUUUAAGAAUCGUGAGCUGCAGAUCAUGAGGAAAUUAGACCACUGCAACAUUGUGCGUCUGCGUUACUUCUUCUAUUCCAGUGGAGAUAAGAAAGAUGAGGUGUAUCUGAACCUGGUUCUGGACUAUGUCCCUGAGACUGUGUAUAGAGUGGCAAGACACUACAGCCGUGCUAAGCAGACCCUUCCUAUGGUUUAUGUGAAGUUGUACAUGUACCAGCUCUUCAGGAGUCUGGCCUACAUCCAUUCCUUCGGGAUCUGUCAUCGUGACAUAAAACCCCAGAACCUUUUGCUGGACCCAGAGACGGCCGUGCUUAAACUUUGUGACUUUGGCAGUGCUAAGCAGUUGGUGCGUGGUGAGCCCAAUGUUUCUUACAUUUGCUCACGGUACUACAGAGCCCCUGAGCUAAUCUUUGGAGCAACCGACUACACCUCCAGCAUAGACGUGUGGUCAGCUGGCUGCGUGCUGGCGGAACUGUUGCUAGGGCAACCAAUUUUCCCCGGCGACAGCGGAGUGGAUCAGCUGGUGGAAAUCAUCAAGGUGUUGGGCACUCCCACGCGAGAGCAGAUUCGGGAAAUGAACCCAAACUACACCGAGUUCAAAUUCCCGCAGAUUAAGGCCCAUCCAUGGACUAAGGUGAGUAAACAGGUGUUCAGACCAAGAACGCCUCCUGAAGCCAUCGCUUUGUGCUCCAGGCUGUUAGAGUACACACCCACUGCUCGCCUGACUCCGCUGGAGGCCUGCGCUCAUUCCUUCUUUGAUGAACUGCGGGAUCCAAAUGUCAAACUUCCUAAUGGGCGUGAGAAACCGUCCCUGUUCAACUUCACAACUCAAGAGUUGUCCAGUAACCCAUCCCUUGCCUCCAUUUUAAUUCCUGCUCAUGUACGAAACCAGGCAGGAGCCUCAACUCCGACCAACGCCUCUGCCACUUCAGAUGCCAAUAGUGGAGAUCGUGGUCAGACCACUACUGCAGCCUCUGCCUCCGCCUCCAACAGCUCAACCUGAGUGCCCAGCCAAUCAGACCUGACCCUCCCUCCAAGGUCACGCCCACCCCACUGCUCACCAGCCUAACGGGUGGGGGUUCGAAUCAUGUAACCACCACUCUUAUUCAGACUGCAAGAGCCAACAACAAUUUAUGUGUUUUUAUGAAGUUCAGAAAGAGUUCAAAUUUAUUCACAGUGUAUCAUUUGUGGAAAGAGUGAGAUAGCAGCGCGGAAACGGGCAUCGGGGUGGGGUGGGGGGUGGUAGUUGGGGAGAAGGGUUCAACUUUAAAACCUGGUCUGUGACCAGCCGGAGCGUUGUUCAAUCACAGAGGACAAUCUUGUUAUCUAAGCAAUCCGGUAGCCAGAUCCAGACACUUCCUUCCCAGGGUUCCCAGUUUCCCUCUCACAUGGACUUUCUCCACACAUUCUCCGCACGUUCUACCUUAUCCUGUUUGCUCUGUUCUGGGCCUCUUACAGCGCAUGGCUUGAAUUUGGUUAGGAGCACACCAUAUAUACAUAUAUACGUAUGUAAUGUGUAUAUAUGUAUAUGCAUAGAAUGAAACAGAUGCGGAAUACAAAAGGAAAUGGUAAUGCUAUUAAAACGCUAUCCUAACUGUAUCUAUUAAACACAAGGCACUCUUACAAUACAAGGGAUAUAAAGGUCAAUGCUACACAAAACCGCAUGUUCCAUAAACAGAUUCGAAAGAUUUUAGAGGUUUUUUAAUGCUCUCAAGCAAUUGUUUUAUUUUGUUUUAUAACAAAAGGGGGACUUUUUGGGCUGGGUGGGGCAGACAUUUUUUUUCACAGGCGAGACAUGUUCAACCUGUCUCUGUGUUCUUGUAUGAUAUAUACAUACACAGUUUAUAUAUUACUUUGCAUUAUGUAAAAUAAAUAUAAAUAUAUAGUUAUAUAUAGAUAUAUCUAGCAUUAUAGAUUUAGAAUCCAUAAAGUUUUCUCAUUGCGUCAGCAGUUCUUGCUGCAGACGAAAAAUAUACAGUAUGUAUAUGACUAAGAACAUGGACAUUCUCUACUGGAGCAGUUUUCUAAACAAACGUUUUGCUAUUUUCUGUUGUUUUCCCAAUAGAAAUACAGAUACCUUACUUUCCUGAUUCCCUCUCCUCUUGUUAUUUAUUGUUGGUUGUGCGGCAGUGUCAUAAUAUUCAGAUUCACUUUUCAUUCGUAUCGACUCAUUUUGCAAAUGCCAUAGUACGGAUUUGUGCACAGGAUUGUUUCAAUUUCAUGUGCUGGUUAGACUCACAGACCUUUUUUGUAAAGCCUGUGCUUCAUUUGCAUUGUUAAACUGAAGCGGCUGUUUUGUUUUACUACUACUUGGGUAUUUGUCCAUCAUGUUUGUGUUCUUUAUUUCGUCUCAGCAUACUUUAAACCUGCUCAGAUGUUUUUUUUGAAUGUCUUAAUACAAAGUAUAACAGUAUACGAAAACGACAAAAAAGUGUGUGUGUGUAUAUAUAUAUAUAUAUAUAUACACACAGUGCAGCACAGUUGCUCCUCACCAAAUUCUGGCUUGUAGUUUUGUUUUGUAUAGUUUUGUGAGCGUGUGUGUGAAUGUUUAUGCGUGUGUUCUGCUAUGUACAUAUGCUGACCUGAGAACUGUUAAUGCGUGAAAACAAAGACGAGGGGUUCAAUGAAAAAAAUAAAAUAAAAAAUAAAUUAAACCACAUUUAAAAGAUCAGGGCAACAGUGACCUGUUUGUCGGAUACUGUAGACAAGGAGUUUUCUCCAGCCAUAUAGUUCAAUCUUAUCUGUACAGUAGGUGCCAGCUAUAUUAUUGUAAUUAUACCUAGUAAUGUAUAGUGUAUCUAUAGUUUGGAGUGCCUUUGCUUCCAUACACUUCCUGUCUCAGACCACACCCCUUCCUUAUGACAUACAUGGCAGGCCACACCCCUUCCUCUGCAAAUGCUGGUGGUUGGUCAAGUCUAUCUGCAGUCUCGCCUCUUCAUUUGCAGACACACCACUCUGCGUUGAUAGCAUCUUUGUAGGUGUUUUAUUUUUAAGUGGCGAUGUAACAUGUUGAAGUAGUGGCACAAAGAUUUAUUUGUGGGGAGGAAGUAUAGGUCUCAUGUUCCUGCGGUGCCAAUCACACUGUAUGUUAUUACAAUCGUUCCACUACCACAGUGAACCACCUUUGAGCGUGUUGUGAUUUAACUGCGACAACCCCGGGGGCAAUAAUAAUAAUAAUAAGAAUUCUUAAUGUGAGGAGUAUGUUGGCCAGCUCGCAGUACUCAGUAGAGAUGUCACGUAGCACCUGCCGGUUCCUCAUCCCUGCACCCUCAAUGUAAAGCUUGCUUGUAAGAUAUGCAUUCAUAGAUGUGUUGAUUCCCACGAAUGGUGUGACCACCUCUCGUGACUAGAGUAAAAAAUGUAAAGACACAAAGGUUCAAAACAAUUACCAAAAGAAAAAAAAUAACAAAGGCAAAAAAAAUGUUUCAAGGACUGUGGGCUGAAUACAGACGUUGCAUUACAUACAUGUAUUGGGGGAAAGUUGUCUUGGGUUAAAGCUUAAAAAGACACAAAAACAACCUGUAUAACAUUAAUAUUACUUGAAUGCCUCUGUUUGUGACUGAAAUUUUUAUUUUAUUUUAAGUAUAUUCUUUUUCUGUGAAGGUAUGCUAUAUGUCUCCUCUCCUUGUAAAUAUGUCCGUUUUGGUCCUUGGUGUGACUUGGAUUCAGAGACUAGUUACCUGGUACUGUAAUUUGCAUUAAAUAAAGAGUAGGAUAGCUUGGAAAUGA